CGGCAGCAGCCCCGCGGCGGCGGCGGGGAGGCCUCAUGCGCCGGCAGGCGAGAGGGCUGGGCUGGAACCGGGAGGUGGCUUUGGUGCCGGGGUGGAAAAUGGCGUGUUUGUGAGGAGAAGUGAGUCGCCAAGUUUGAUACGGAGCAGCGGGGGGGGGGGGAUGUGAGGGGGGAAACCCCGUGUUUUAUCUCCUGGAGCAGCAAUCUGAGGAGGACACUCCCAUGGCUUAUCAGAGGAUUGAGGCAUCGUGGGAAGCAGUUGUGAAGAGAUCAGUUCCAGAUGUCUGUGCAACUUGCCACAUUCACGCUACAUGUCAUCAAAUUGAAGGAAAAAGCGUCUGCAUCUGUAACUAUGGAUUCGUCGGCAAUGGAAGAACCCAUUGUCAAGUGCUGACAGAUAAAGAUGAAUGCCAGAUUGGAGCCAGCAAGAUCUGUGGAAAUCAUACACUGUGUCAUAAUACACACGGAAGUUUUUACUGUGUUUGCCUUGAUGGAUAUCGAGCCUCCAACAACAACAAGACAUUUAUUCCUAAUGAUGGCACAAACUGUACAGAUAUAGAUGAAUGCGAGGAGUCUGGGCUAUGUGGUCACAAUGCAAGAUGCGUGAAUACUGAAGGAAGCUACGAGUGUUUCUGCAAUGAUGGUUAUAAAUUAGAAAAUGGAGAGCGUUCUUUUUAUCCAGAUGGGAACACAGUUUCAUGCAAAGAAACUGGAUGUGGUUCCCCUCCUGAAAUGAAGCAUGGCUACAUUGUGGGGAACUACAGCUUGCUACCAGGAAGUGCGGUUCAUUAUGAAUGUAAAGAAGGGUUUUACAGCAACGAGGGGAAGUUGUCAUAUUGCACUGCAAAUGAAACUUGGGAACCUGCCACUUUAAGCUGUAAAGGUGUGGACUGUGGGGUUCCACCCUCUGUUUUAAAUGCACAUCCAGCAUCUCUAAGUGGGACUACAUAUGGAAGUGAAGUUACUUACAAUUGUGUUCAUGGUUACUUCAUGGCAAGUGGCAAUCAGACUGCCGUCUGCAAUGCCAAAGGACAAUGGGAUGGUACUGAUCUGGUGUGCAAAGAAAUAGACUGUGGCAAACCUUCACUGAUUCCACACACAGAAAUGACCUGGGACAACUCUACCACCCUAAGGAGCAGAGUGUACUAUCAGUGUAAAGAAGGAUAUUAUUUUAAUGGAGGCAGGAAUUUUUCAGAAUGCACAAUAGAUCAGUCGUGGGAGAAUAUUACAUUCGUAUGCAAAGAGGAGGAAUUAUUCAGUAAUUUGUCAGUAUUCAAUGAAACAUGUGUGAAGUGGGAAAGGAAAACUGGAAGACUGGGAGUGCAGAAAGCGUACACGUUUCACAUACUGGGCCAGAGAUGGGAUGAGAAGACGUUCUCAGAAGACGUGAUAUUUAACAUCACUACAAGUGAAGAUAAUCCAAAGGUGUGUUUAGAUCUCCACUCUGGCAGUAACUACGUGGUGAAUAUUACUACAAUAUCUUCCACAAACAUCCCUGUCUCGGUUACAGUAGCAGUUCAAAGAAAGGUAAAGGAAGCUUUCAAUAAUGUACUAAUUUUUAAUGAUACCUGCUUGAAAUGGCGGAGAAAUUUCAGGGGAACUGAAGACACAUACUCAUUUCAUGUGCAAGGCCAGCGUUGGUAUCAGAAAGAGUUCUUUCAUGAAAUGAUCUUCGACCUUACUACACACAAGCAGGCUCCAGAAGUUUGUUUUGAUUUGCAGCCAGGCACCAAUUACUCUGUUAAUAUUUCCAUGGCAGCUUUGAAUUUUUCAUUGCUUGUUUCCAUGACAACACAAAUCACAGAUCCUCCUUUCCCAGAUGUAGAAUUUGUUGCAGUAACAGGUUCUGCACCGUUGCUCAGACUUCGGAAAGCAGAAGAUCAAAAUGGACCCAUCAGUUUUUAUCAAGUCAUUGUGCUUCCUCUGGGUUUGCAGAGCACCUUUAUUUGUGACUCCUUUGCUGCUGCAACUUUCUUUAGUAACACCACUGAUGUUAAAGGAUAUGUGGCAGCUGAAUUUCGGGCAAAGGAUGUUGCUGAUAACAUGCCAAUUUCUCUUGGAGACAGACAUUACUACGGGAAGUUCUAUAAUGCUCCUCUAAAGCUGGGAGAAGAGUAUUGUGUGUUUUUGAGAGUAAUAAGUGAAUGGAAUAAGGUGAGAACACAGUCCUGUGCUGUUUGGGCACAAAUUAAAAAUUUAUCACCGACUCCGCAAUACAUGACUGCUGUUGGAUUAGGGUCAGUUGGUGCUGUCUGCCUUAUACUGUUUCUGUCAUUCUCAGCGGCUCGCUCUUAUGUCCACAACACAGUGCGCUCCCCACCUGCUGCUUUAGCCUGCGAGGCUGUAUAUUUGUCUGCCACAAUGGACAUGACACAAACGGGGUUUACAUCGUCGUUCCUAGAGACUGAAAAUGUCUCUCUUCUCUAAUGUGUUAGCCCCUGAAGUCAGCAUAGAGAAAAUGCACUCUUCUUGUUAAAGUCAGCAUCUGUUGAGUAUGGACAUAUCUGCACAGCAUAUAGAUACUAUAGCAUGGGCAGUUGAAAUGUUUGUUACUGGAAAUGAGAUAUUUAUUGUCUCCCUUUGUUUCCAGCUGGUGUGGUAUGUAAAGGAGAAUCUUCCCUCACAAACAGGUUUGUGUGAAGGACAUUAUUGUGCAUCCCGUGUGUUGGCCAAAGGUUUUCAGCCAUUCCAGCCACAUGAGUACCUGAUAAUGAGUGUCUGUAUUGUACUUUAUUACAUGAAUAAUCCCCCAAUCCAGUUGAGACUGUUGUGAGGAUCAACUGCUACUUCAGAUACCUUAGGACACAUAAACUGGCCCAUUAUGAGAAAAAGUACAGAUCAACACUUAGAUAAAGUGCUUAUUGUAUUUCCAACUAUAAGGUAGAAGAUCUUCAUCAGUCACUUGUGGGUAAUGGUACUUCAAUAACAAAUACAGAGUUGUUACCCAUAAAAUUGUCACAUUUAAAUAGUGUCAGCAACAGAUGUGUUCCAGAGGCAUUGCAAUCAUUGCUCAUAGCAAUUUGCAAUAAUUGCAAAUAAGAUACCAAUCUAUAAAACUGCAGUUUGCCAAAAAGUUGAGUAGUCUUAAUGGCAUGUGAAACUAAUUUAAAUAAGGAGCUACCUGUGUUAAAUGCAGUUUUGUUAAUUUCUGUUCUAUAAUUACUUCUGAGUAAAGCCAUUAAAUCAUUGUCUGGUUAAUGAGGUGGUGUGUAACAUCUGGUUAGAGUCACUUAAUAAAGUAUAAUUGUACAAUUUCCUAUGGCAUAUUCCCAGUUAAUAUUUUUUCCUUCGGUAAGAAAGAAUCAGAUCCCUUUGAUUAUUUCCACUCCUGAUCAGAAGUUGCUUUGAGAUAUAUUAGCAAAAUCGUUCUGUUAACUGGUGAAAUAAAGAAGCAAGAGUUUUGGUUUUUACUUAGUUUUGUCUUUUUUUUUCCAAGUUAUGUUUUGUGGUUUACCUCUUUGAAUAUAUGAUACCCAUUUUUGGAAUUCUGAGUGUUCCUGAUUCCUGCUGGCUUUAUAAUUUUAGAUUGGUUGUGUAAUUUGAUGUGUUGAAAGGGUAUUUUAAAGUGUAACAGCAGACUUCAUAGUUGAUAGCAGCGGGGAAUUACAAUCGAAGUUACAUUAGAGAGUUUUUAACUGCUGCAGCUAUCUGGGGGUUCUUCUUCAGAUCUGGCAGAUAGGAUUUCUCUUAUCCAGCAUUUCUACUGCUUACUAAAUCUUCUCUUCAAGUUCAGAAGUUUUCUGUAGUUAGUAACUGAGUAAGAAGUCGUUUGUAUAUGUUAGUGAUUAAGGGUUGGUAACAUUUUCCUUUGCUGAUUGAGAAAGAACAGCUUAACUGUUCAUACUGGGCUACUGUUACUUAUUUUUUUUUGUUUCUCCUGUUUAAUUCAUUCUCACACAUUCUGCUUAUAAUUCCCUUUCUCAGUGGAAUAGGUUGCCAAGGUUUGGCGUAGCGGUACAAACUGCACCACUUCAUUCUGGUUUGUUCUCCUGCUGGUCCUGAGAGAGAGUUCAUGAACAGCUGUUCCUGAAUAAGGGAGAGCUGGAGAGGAAGGAAAUGAUUUAAAUAGACAGACAUGACAUCCUCUGUUAAAGAAAACUUCUUUCACCUUUUACUAAGACCAGCAGUGUUCCAGUACAUUAUGCAGUACCAGGAGCAUAGUCCAUCUUGUCAGAAGGUGUAGUUGGAAAGUUAGAGGUCUUCAUGUAACCUUCAACAAGUGAUUUCUUUCCUGUGUGACUCUUUUUUACCUACCUUGUAUUUCAUAAUGUAAAGUUUUCAGAGCAAAGUUUCUUCU